CUUCCAGCUCGUGCAGACAAACGCGAAUUCGUGUGCUCUGGUUUCUCACGCCUUCGGAGCCUUUCCUGCUAGCAUUUCUACCUAGUUGCAACCAUUAGCUGCCCAGCUGUGGCAAUUCCGCUGAUAAGUACGAUGCCCGGGGCCUAGGCCUUUUGCCCUGGGCGGCAUUGACGACUAGUGUUUCCUUGCUCCCCGGACAGCCACCAUGCUAACGCAUUUUGACAUGUUGUUGUCUGCUGGAGCGUGUGGUAAGGCGCAUCGUGGCCUCACUGCAGCUCCAGCCCUCCAGCAUGGCUACCACGGCGUUGCCAGACUACGGCAUGCCGCGCCUGCAGUCGCCGGCACCGCACCGUUGCCCACGGCCCUGGCCGCGACAGGGGCACGGUGGCCUGCACCUGCUGCCGCCUGCGCCCCCGCCCGGCGGCACGUUAUCACGCGCCCCAGCUCCGGCAACGGCGCAGCUGCCGACGGCGCGGCCCGCGCCAGCUCCUGGCAGCCCCUGGGGCAAGGGCAGCGAGGGGUAGCGGCAGCUCCGCCUCAGGUGGCAGUGGUGAGCUGCGCCGACAACCCGGCCCUGGCGCGGCAGGCGGUUGAGUCCAUGGCGUCGGCUUUCGUGGACGACCCCUCCACCACCUACUUCUGCAGGCCGGGCAAGGCGGUUGAGUUUUACCGGACCAUCCUCAACUGUGUGCUGGAUUGGUACCCCUCCGCCCGCCAGCUGGUCUGCACCGUGCCUCGCCCCGACGCCGCCGCCAUCGCCUACGUGUACCCGCGCGCCUCGGGCCUGGACGGCUGGCGGCGGCUGCUGCGCGGCGGCCUGGCGCCGCUGCUGUCGGUGCGGCUGGACCGUGUGGUCCAGGGCAUGGACGCCAGCGACUUCUUCGAGGGGCAGCGCGAGGAGUUCUUCAAGGCGCACGGGCCCUACCUGUAUAUCAGUGUCAUGGGCACACGGCCCCAGCAGCAGGGCCGCGGCCUGGGCGGCGCGCUGCUGGGCUUCCUGUGCGACCGCGCGGACGGCGCCGGCCUGCCCGCCUACAUCGAGGCCACCAGCGGCCGCAACCGGGCGCUGUACGAGCGGUUCGGGUUCAGGCUGCUGCAGGCGUGGCGCGCCAACCCGGACAUGCCGUACACGUACGUCAUGUGGCGCCCGCCCGCCGCCGUACCCGACGAGGACGAUACGGCACAGGACGACGCCGCUGCUGCUGCCGGCCUGGGCGGAAUCGCGGCCGCGCUCCGGCAAUCCAGCCAACAGGCGGCGUCGCAGGCGCAAGCCAGCGGCGGCGAAGCCGCCGCUGCCGGCGCCGCGGCAGCGGAAGCAGCAACGCGGGCGGCGGACAGGGACGCCGCUGCCGCGUUGUUCGGCCCGCGCGCCGAUAUGAUGCUGGCGGGUGCGGCGCUGGCGGCGGCGGCGGCGGGUGCGGGCCGCAACACGCCGGCUCAGCGCCGCGUGGCGCGCUCCGCGGAGGAGCUGUGGGCGGCGGCGGCGUUGCGGCGGCGGUCGCGCUUCGCGCGCGUGCGGCAGGAGCGGCAGGCGGCGCGGCAGCAGCGGCGGCAGGAGCGGCAGGAGCUGCGGGGGCAGGUGGCGGAGUAUGCGUAUUACGAGUACGUGGACUCGAACACGUGGGGCUACUGGCCGCUGUGGACCAGCGAGGACUGGGCGGCGGGGCCGGAGGCAGCAGCAGGGGCGGGGAUCGAGGUUGAGGUGGGGGUGCUGCCGGCGCGGCGGAACGACAAGAACGACGGCAGCUCGGAUUCUUACGUGGACUGGCGGGAGCCGGAUGCCGGCUCCAGCCGGGCGCACGGGUCUGGAAGCAGUGGCGGCGGCGGCGGCGGCGGCGGCGGCGAGGAUGAUUCGAGGGCGGAGGGGCCGUCCAGCUCCCUCGGCCGGGCGGCGGCGAAGGUGGCGGCGAUGGGCCCGCCCGCCACUGACGAGGCGGCAGAGGAUGAAGGUGUGGGGGCCGGCAACGGGCACGGGGAUGGGAGCAGCGCCGGCGGUGACGUGGCCAGUAGCAGCAGUAACGGUGGUGGCGCCGGUGGUGCGGCCGGGGGGUCGUGGUGGCCGGGCCUGCCGAAUCUCGGAGGUGGCAGCGCCUGGCCGGGCUGGGGGAGCGGCGGCACGUCCGGGGACUAUGCGUCCACGAGUGCCGCACACGGGGCGGAGGAUGCUAGCGGCAGCGGUGGCACGGGCGGCGGUGGCGGCGUGGGGUCUUGGUUCUCGGCGUGGGGCGGCCACGGUGCAGGGGAUGGCCAUGGCGAUGACGCCAGCAGCGGCGGCGGUGGCGGUGGCGGUGAGAGCGGCGGCUGGUCAUGGCCAGACUUUGGCGGCAGCACGGGUGGGGACGGUGGCUAUGGCGGCGGUGGUGGUGAUGGUGGUGGUGAUGGCGGCGGUGCUGGUGGUGGUGAUGGCGGCGGUGGUGACUGCGGCGAUUGACGGACGUGCGUCGCGAUCCAUCGUCGGUUUGACGAUAAGAAAGUUAUUGGACAAGAAUGAGGACCGCGGUAGGUCGGUCGUCAGUCCGCUGUAACAUUAUGGCAUGCACUCAGCCAAUCCCCUUGGGUGUGCUAUCCCGGUUGCUGUUGGAGAAAGGGUGUCCGGGCCAACCAGCCAAGCAUGGCCUAAGGUGGCACAGGUUAGGAGUGUGGGAUACAGGUACAGGCUCACGAGUCACGACCUGUAAUGCGAUUGAUAUUAUACUGAUACCAUGUCACAGCUAGAGCCUUCUAACUUAAACAGACUUGAACAUACUAUGCGCCUCAGCCAACAAGGUGGGGUCAUGGCGGGCGGGCGAUGUUGGCCGACAUGUCCCUCGACAUUGCGUUACGUCCGAGCAACAGGGCCGCGAGUUAUGAGUAUUUAUUUGCUUAGGAACAUAGUCAGAAGCUCACCGCCUUGCAGCGCAUUAUGAAACCGCAUCACAGGAACAUUCUAAGUGCCCCCCACCAUCGCGCGGUUGCCAUGGGGCCCGAGACCCUGCAUGAGGGGCCACCACCGCUCGCUGGCGCCGUCACAAGCAUACUUACCUGGCCCGCUUCUCGAGGUGGUCACCAUGGCCUCGGUUGUGUGGUCGGUCUUCACCUUGCACUUUGUGAGGGCCUUCCGCAGUCGGCCCUUCGGGUGUCCGGCAGGGCUAAAUUUUUGUUAGGCUGAGGACCCGCGCUAUGCGCGGCCUCGGCUCCCAAUCAUGUGAUAAAAUCUAUUGGACAUACUGUCUGUGCUAUACUUCUGCGAGAUUCCUGAUACCACCAUAUCUACGGAGCGCUAGAUCGUAGUCCUGUGUGUCCUGGACGUAAUGCCCUGAUGCCCGGACCGUGAUGUCACCUACUGGCUGUUGCAUUGCAGGGCGGUGCAGCGCAACGCCCCUAGGAUAACUCUGGCACGCUGGCGGCGCGGACAGGCGCAGGGCAGGCGCAGCAUGGCCAUGUACCGUACUUCCCACACGUGGUGCAAACCAUGCGAGCUGCAGAAGCAUGCCGAAGCAGUUGUGGCGCACGGCCCGGCGCGAACCAGCGGCCAGGCAAGGCCAGGUGUGGGAGCGCAAGGGUACGGAUGAGUUCUGGGGCGGGGGUUUGGGCGUUCUUGCAGCCCUGGUAAUGCACAAAUCUGCCGUCACUCCUGAUUGGGGCAUCGCGCGGCCACUGUAGCGCCGGUGUGCACAGAAUUGCAAAACCGUUCCGGGGGGGUUCAGUUAAAACUGUCGGCGCGUCCGAUGGAUUUGCCUGGGACUGCCCGAGCACUGUGGGGAGCUGCGCGGAACUGGAAGUGCGGGAGGGCGCCGCGCCGCGAGCGUGCGUUUAGCUGAAGCCCCGAAGUGACAUUGGUGCCGAGGGCGUUUGCAACAAGCUACGGGUCCG